AUGCCGAAGCGCGGAAACAAAGGACACAGGAAGGUCACCAAGAAGGGAGAUUCCGCUCCCGAGGCCACCGUCCCCCUCACCGAGGAGGAGCAGAAGGAGCUCGAGGCUGCCGCCCGUACUGCCACGGGUAACGAGCUCCUCGUCGAUGCGAAGCUCGAGCUCAACAUGGGCCGUCGUUACGGUCUCAUCGGUCUGAAUGGAACGGGCAAGAGCACGUUCCUCAAGUGCCUCGCCGCGCGCGAGGUUCCCAUCCCUAAGCACAUCGACAUUCUGUUGGUCGAUCGCGAGCAGCGCGCCAGCGACAUGACCGCCCUCGAAUGCGUCAUUGAGGAUCUCGAAGCCACCAGGGAGAGGCUAGAGACAGAAGCCGAAGAACUCUGCAUGUCGGAUGACGGCGCCGAGAGCGACACUCUCACCCAGAUCUACGAACGUCUCGAGGCUCUCGACUUGGACGUUGCGACGGCUGAGGCCAGCAAGCUGCUCUUCGGUCUCGGCUUCACGUCGGAGAUGCAGAGGAAGAAGGCGCGCGAGUUCAGCGGUGGUUGGCGUAUGCGUAUCGCCCUCGCCAAGGCCCUCUUCGUCAAGCCCACCAUGCUUCUCCUCGAUGAGCCCACCAACCAUCUCGACCUCGAGGCCUGCGUGUGGCUCGAGGAGUACCUCAAGACCUACCCUACCAUCCUCGUGCUCGUCAGCCACAGUCAAGAUUUCUUGAACGGCGUGUGCACCAACAUCAUGCUGCUGAAGGACCAGGAGCUGACGUACUACGGUGGCAACUACGACACGUACGUGCGAUCGCGCCAGGAGAAGGAGACCAACCAAAUGAAGAAGUACGAGUGGGAGCAGGCCCAGGUGGCGCACAUCAAGGACUACAUCGCCCGAUUCGGUCACGGUUCGGCCAAGCUCGCCGCGCAGGCCAAGUCGCGCCAGAAGGUGCUCGACAAGAUGCAGGACGCCGGCCUCACCGAGCGCGUGACGACGGACAAGGUGCUCCGGCUGGAGUUCACCGACUUCGUCGAGGUGAGCUUCGGCUACAACCUGCCGGCCGGCGCCAAGAAGGGCAACUUCCUCUACCGCCGCCUCGACUUUGGCGUGGACCUCGACUCGCGCGUGGCCCUCGUGGGUCCCAACGGUGCGGGCAAGUCGACGCUGCUCAACCUCAUGGAGGGCAGCCUCAACCCGACCGACGGCAUGGUCAAGCGACACCUCAAGCUCCGAAUCGGCAAGUACAAGCAGCACCUCAUGGACCAGCUCGACGGCAACCUCACCCCGCUCGAGUACCUCAUGAAGUGCUUCCCUGAGAACAAGGAGGUCGAGAAGAUGCGCGCCGCCAUGGGCAAGUUCGGCCUCACCGGCAAGACCCAGAUCACCCCCAUGCGGGUCCUCUCCGACGGCCUCAAGAGCCGCGUCGUGUUCGCCUGGCUGGCCUGGCAGGAGCCCCACCUCCUGCUCCUCGACGAGCCCACCAACCACUUGGACAUCGAGACCAUCGACUCUCUCGCCGAGGCCAUCAACAACUGGGACGGCGGCAUGGUCCUCGUCUCCCACGACUUCCGGCUCAUCGAGCAGGUGGCCAAGGAGAUCUGGAUCUGCGAGAACCAGACCGUGUCCCCGUGGAAGGGCUCCAUCCGAGCCUACAAGAAGCACCUCAAGGCCAAGAUGGACGAGGAGGCGGCACGCAACAAGUAG